AUGGCGGAUGGCCCCAGGUGUAAGCGCAGAAAACAGGCGAACCCGAGGAGGACUAGCGUAACAAACUUCAACAAUGGCUUGGAGGCCAGCUCGGACUCUGACGACGAGGACAAGCUACACAUUGUGGAGGAGGACAGCCUGCAGGAGCCUGACGUUGCUGAUGGCGACAAGGCCACGCCUGGGGACAGCCAUGAUGCCACCACAGUAGUAUUAACCCAAAAUGGGUCCUGGAAUGGAGUGAAGGGGGAAGCGGCCUCAGAAGAAGAUGAGGAGGAAGAGGAGGUAAAGAGUGCCCUUGUGGAGGAGAUUCUUCAACAAGGAGACACGGCCAUCAUCUACCCUGAGGCCCCCGAGGAGGAGCAGAGCACACUGGAGACAGGGGUGGCUGACGAAAACGGCACGCCAGAUACCUUCUCCCAGUUGCACACCUGCCCUUACUGCUCUCGCGGCUACAAGCGCAACGCCUCAUUGAAGGAGCACAUCAAGUACCGUCAUGAGACCAGCGAGGAUAACUUCAGCUGCUCUCAUUGUAGCUACACCUUCACCUACCGCUCGCAGCUGGAGAGGCAUAUGAGCCACCACAGGGGCACACGGGAACAGCGUCACGUUACCCCAGUGGCAGGAGGGAACCGCAAGUUCAAGUGUACUGAGUGUGCCAAGGCCUUCAAAUACAAACACCAUCUGAAAGAGCACCUGCGCAUUCACAGUGGUGAGAAGCCAUACGAAUGUGCCAACUGCAAGAAACGAUUCUCCCAUUCAGGCUCCUACAGCUCCCACAUUAGCAGUAAGAAGUGUGUGGGGGCCUUGCCCCCCAAUGGCAACCCCCGGCCACCAAUCAAGCCUGCACCGCCUUCUGACCAGCCCGCUCCUGUGGUCAUUGCUCCGGCCCGAAUGGUUCUGAAGGAAAAAACCGACAGCAAGCCCCUCCAGGAGCAGCUGCCUGUCACCCAGAUCAAGUCCGAACCUGUGGAAUAUGAAUGCAAGCCGGUGACAGUGGCCCCAGCUCCAGCACCGGCUCCGAUGACGGGGACCAACGGUGUGGUGAACGGAGGUGUGGGGCAAGGCACUGUGGCCACUGCUGCAGCCCUGCCCCAGGGGGUGGCCAUGGUGGUGCCCACGAUGGGCCUGGUGUCACCCAUUAGCAUCAACCUGAGUGACCUUCAGAAUGUGCUCAAGGUUGCCAUGGAUGGGAACGUCUUCAGGCAGGUGCUGGGCACAGCCAAUGGGGUGGUAACACAAGGCAAGCAAGGGAUUGUGGUCCAGCAGCCCCAGCAGCAGAUAAUCAGCCUGCCCGCCUUUGUAGACCAGGACGGGACCACAAAGAUUAUCAUCAACUACAGCAUCAACACUGCAGCAACUGCCACCCCUGCUGCUAUGCAGCCUACACCGCUGCUACUCAAAAAAGAUGUUCCCCCAGCUCCCACAGCCCCCACCAGCACCGUCGCAGCCACCAACACCAACCCAGCCUCCACCCCCACUAAAACAGUUGAACCCCUGACUUCAGAGGGAGAGAGAACAGCUACUGAUCUCACUGUCAUUAAGACUGAGAAGGAGGCAGAGCCUGUUGUGACUGCAGAGACAGAUGCUAUCGCCAAACCUGAAAAAGCUAACGUUACACCUGCAAAUUCCAAAGUAGCAGAGACGUCAAAAGACAAGAGCACUAGCGCAUGUUUACUCUGCGACAACUGCCCUGACAGUCUGGACGCACUGCACCUCCUCCAGCACCGCAAAGCAGCCAACGGGGAGGCUGUGGACUCUGAUGCCCUUGACCCCUCGUUUGCUGCCUUGCUGAAAGAGGCUGGGGUGACACUGGAAGAGCCACCCAUGGAUGACCUAUCACUCCUGAAGACCUACUUUGCCUCCAACGCCAACCCCAAGGAGGAUGAGCUGGAAAAGAUCUCAAAGUCAAUCAGUAUUCCUGUGGAUGUAGUAAGGAAAUGGUUUGUCAAGAUGAACUCUGGGAAAAUCAAUAUCACCCCCCCCAAAGACUCAACCACAGAUUCCAGAAAGACUCCCCCUACAAAUUCCAGCCCAGAGGUCACCUCAAAUCACAAUAUAGAGACUGAGAAAGGGACCACUUCCAUCUCACAAGCCCAGAACACACCCAUCAAACUUCCAUCUGAGUCAUCCAUUGUCCCUUCAGACCCCACACCACUAAAUCUAACCACUCUGGACCUUGUCACUGUCAAAAGUGAGCCUGAAGAUCCAGAGGACCAGGACACCCAGGCGGAACCCCUGGACCUCUCCCUGCCCAAGCAAAUCUCUGCUGGGUCUGACACUCAGAGGACACCCCCUCCAGUCAAUCAACAAGAACAGCCUCUCAACCUAAGCUGCCUGAGAAAGGAGCAGGUCCAGGGCAAUGCCAUCCUUGUCACUUCACCUCAGACUGGUAGCCCAGUCAACAUCGUCACCACCGCUCAGCUGCCCACCCUAGUGGCCAUCGCUAGCCAAGGCACGGUGGGGUGCCUGAGCGCCAUCAACACCACAGCCAAACGCACCAUCCUCAUCCCCCAGCUCACCUACACCUACACCACUACGGCUGGCAGCACACCUGGGGCCAUGACAGUAGUUCUCAACGGCCACAAGGAAAAGAAGCAGGACAGUGGCUCUGAGGGGAUGUCUGCAGUGGAGGAACAGAACAAUUCGGAUUCGGCCUCACCGCCCAAGAAACGACGGCUGGAGAACGGCGUCUACCCCUGUGAUCUGUGUGAUAAGGUCUUUCAGAAGGGCAGCUCUCUGCUCAGGCAUAAAUAUGAACACACAGGGAAACGGCCCCAUGAAUGCAGCGUCUGCAAGAAGGCCUUCAAACACAAACACCACCUAAUAGAACAUUCAAGGCUGCACUCCGGGGAGAAACCCUACCAAUGUGACAAGUGUGGCAAGCGCUUCUCCCACUCUGGCUCCUUCUCCCAGCACAUGAACCACCGUUACUCCUAUUGUAAGAAGGAUGGAACAGGGACAGGGUCUAGUUCGGUUCCACGCAAGGCUCUGUCGGAGGCUGGGGGCGGGCUGCAGCCGGACAGCCGGACCACAACGCCACCCUCCCAAGUGGACUCAGAUGAGAGGGAGAGCGAGGAAGAUGAGGAGGAUGAUGAUGACGAGGCCAUGUGCAUGGACGAUAUCCGGGUUGUCCAGGUGGACGAUGAGGAGUGUGAGAUCUUCGAGAGUAAUUUCGAUGAGGACGGUGAAGAAGCAGAGGCAGGUUUGGAGGGAGAAGGAGGAGAUGAAGCUGGGGAGGCUGCAGAUGAGGAGACAAGCAAGACGGAGGAGGGAGAGGCAGAAGUGAAAGAAGAGGGAGCGAUUGUGUGUGAGGUGGUAGAGGUGGAGCUGGAAGCAGAGCAAGAAGAAAUGGAGGAGGAAGUGGAGGAAGAGGAAGCCGUUGAAUGCAAGGACACCAUUGAAAUGCUGGACAAUGAGACGAACGCAGACGGCGAUAUCAGGGAAGGGUCUGAUAAAGCCGAACUAACAGCAGAUGAUGUGACAAAAAGCGAUUAAGGAAAUAAAAGAUUUUUGGGCAGAGGGAUUGGUGGUUGGGAAUAUGUCAGUCAUUGGUAUCAAGUAAUUGAGAAGAGACCACAUCUUUCCAUCAGAAGAAAACCACCACAGAUGCCAGAUGUUUUGGUCCACUACUGUGUACAAAAAUCCAGGUGUGCCUGAACUUUAAGAAAAAAAAAAAGAGCAGUGACUUUUUCUUGUGGAAACAAUAUCAGUGUUAAAAAUGUUUAUAGAAUUACAGAUUUUAAAGCAAAGCUCACCCAUCAACUUUUACUUGGAGUUUAAUUGUUCUAGGCUGUAAUUUGAGUUACUGAGACAUCCCAGUAUUGUUUUGUUUUCGUUUUUUUGUUCAUUAUGUCAGUGUUACUAAUCUUGUUCACGUUUGAAAACCUUUUAACUUGUAAAGAUGAAAGAUUUAUAUACCUUUUUAUUGCCAAUGAAGUUUGCUAAAUCAGUAUUUUAUUGAGUUCUAUGAACAAAAACUUCUGCACUACAGUAUUCCUGGUUUAUCUAUGGAUACAACAUGCCUCAUGCAUUGUUAGCCCUUCAGUGUUAUAUAUGUACACUAGUUAGCAAAAUUUUGUUUGUAUUAGCAUGGAUUAGCUAAUGCUAGCUAGCAUGAGAUUUGUUUUCAAUUUGACUGUUAGCCUUAAGGAGAAA